AUGACAACGAUGUUCGUCCAACUGCGUCGUGUGGUGUACCUGUUGGUACUUCUGCAGUGUUGUGCGUGUGUGGUCCAUGCAGAUGAUGAUGCCGAAAAAAAGAGCGCAGUGAAUUUUUUAAAGGGUUGGAUAGAAGGGGCGGAAAAGCAUCUUGGGGAGGGGAGGAGCUAUCAAGAUUUGUGGGAUACUACGGUGGUGACUUGCGCCAAGAAAGCUGAUGAAGCCAAGAAGGUUGCCGAAAAAACGAUAAAACUCGUUGAUGGUAUUGUCGCCGAAGAAAAAAAUCAUCCGGGUGGCUUUUUUAAACCUUCUGUGUCUGAAGAACUUGCCAAUCUCGUGGAAAAUGCUUCGAGGGAGGUAGAAGAAAAUUCCCGCGUGUUUAGGGAGGCGAUGGAUACGGUCGAGAAGGCAAGGAAAUUGGUUUUAUGGAGUUCGGGUGCGAUGCAGAAUAUGCAAGACAUGUUGGAGACUCAAAACAAUAGCAGGGUGUAUUAUACAGGAGUGCUAAAGGGAAUACCUGAAGAUAAUAGAACGGAGGAACAAGAGCUCCUUAUUGAAAGGAGCGAGAGGAUAUACAAUGAAAUCAAUGGGGUUUAUCAGCAUCUCCUAGUGAUCAGCAAACGAAGUAUCGCCUGCUCGAGGGAAACAAAUCAGCGUGUGAUGGAAACGAAGAACAAGAUGCACAAGGCGGUGAAACUGUUCGAGGGGAUGAAAGAGAAGUUUGACAUGAGGACAGGUGACGUCGAAGGGAAUGUGAGAGAGUACGACGAGGCUGUGCGGGAAUCAUUGAAGGAUGACUUGAAGAAAGAGCCUGCUCAUGAAGAAACAUCGAAGGAUAUAGUCGGCCGAGCGUCUGAGAGUACGAUUGGCGGGGCGUCUCCUCUGGCAACCAAGAACAGAACAGUUGACACAACCGACCUUAAAGAGAAAUUGGAGGAGGAAAAGAAAAAGGAAGAGGAACGUUUGGAGCAGAAAAAGAAGGAGGAGGAACAGGAAGUGAAGAAACGCAUUGAAGAAAGGAAAAUGGCUGCGGAACGAAGGAGAAAGGAGGAAGAACGGCAAAAACAGGCGGCAGCUGCAGCAGCAGCAGCAGAGGCGCAAAGAGUAAAGGAAGAAGAGGAGAGAAAGGAAAGAGAAAAACAGGCCCAGAAGGUGAGAGAGGAAAAAGCCAAAAGGGAUGCAGAAGAAAAAGCUAGACUGGAGGCGGAGCGAAAGGCCAGGGAGGAAGAGGCCAAGAAAAAGAAGAAGGACGGCAGCAGCAGUCCUGCAUUGGUGCACAGUUCCUUGAUUCUUCUUGUGCUCUCUGUAUUGGGUUGCACUCUCGUGUGCUGA